AUGCCUAAAAUCAAGAGCUUUGCGCCGAGCUGGCUCAACGAGCCGUCCCCCGGCCACAAGCUGUUUGCACAGUCAAGCGACGAUGCCAGGCUUUCCAUGGCCCUGCCAUAUGGCAAGAAGCCAAAACCAGGGCCACGGCGGACCAUAGCGCGGCGGGGCACCGAGGUGUUUGUCGCGGUCGGAAAACAAAUACGAUGGGGGGACCUCGCCUACCUCAAGGAGUCGUGGGAAACAAACCAUGCGCGUUCCAGCUCUGGGACUCGCAUCAAGCGGGAGAGCCCAGACGACUCGUUUGACAACGAGAAUGGGAUUGUUGGCCAUGGAACUGAAGGAUACCGAACCAUCAAAACACCUGUCGCCGACGAUAUUCGGCAGCUUGUUAUGUCUCCGAAUCAAGACCUCCUAGCAGUCUUGACAUCGCAUACUGUUCACAUCUGCAUCCUGCCCGAUUCAUCUCACCUCUAUGCGAAGGACGCGGCACCGUUCAAGCCCAAGUUUUGGACCCUCGGCCCUACCACCCAUGUUACCUCGCGCCCUGCGGUUGUCUCGGCACUAUGGCAUCCUCUGGGCGUCAACGGAACGGCGCUCGUUACAGUCACGGAAGAUGCCGUUGUGCGUGUUUGGGAAUUGUCGACAGCCGACCGCUGGACCUUCGACUCCGCGACUCUUGCGAUCGACUUGAAGAGGUUAGCGGACGGGACGUCUUUGGAUCAGGAUUUUACUGCGUCGGUGUCGGCCACGAACAAGGGCUUCUCGCCUGACGCAUUCGACAUGGAAGUCGCGUCCGCAUGCUUCCCUGCUAGGGGUUCCGGGGGCUGGUCGCCGAUGACAUUGGUCGCGGCCACGGAGGACGACCCGGAAGCUUCCGCCGAAACCCGUCUUCUGGCCCAACAACAACUUGACUGGAUAUCUGACUUGGACAACCAAGAGCCGAAAGUGGUGGAGGGCAGUCUUGACGAGGCCGCGGUGGAGGUUUAUACCCGGCCCACCCGUCCGGGCACGAUCCCAAAACUCCAAGGUCCGUUUGAGUUCGACCUCAACCCGGAGGACGAGCAGGACGAUGAGGUUGAGCUCAGGGACAUCUACGUCAUUGGAGAAAAGGCCCGCAUUGCCGAUCUCAUGAUGGGGGUCGAGGCCCAAUGGCUUCCGCCCAAGCCAAGACAUGGAGCGAGGCAGUUCGCCGCUCCUGCCAACACCCCAUCGCUACUGACCUUCCAGACCUUCGAUACUCUCAAACCCGUCGAGGUGGUGCCUGAAAGCUGGCCCGUGUUUAGCGAAGACGUUACUUCCCGGUAUUCGUUUUACAUCACGCAUCCCGCGGGUAUCACUUUUGUUUCUCUAGCGCCGUGGGUGUUCCGGCUCGAGAGUGAACUGCAGGGAGAUUCGGAGUCUGGUGCAGAAUUCCGCCUCGACCUUCUGGUCAAAGGGCAAGGAUCGGAACGGGAGCGCAUUUACACACAGGGCCGCGGCCUAAGCUCACUAGCGGCAGCCACGACCAUCAAGGACCCCGGCCUCGGCCAUUUUGUUCUGUCCGCCACCCAUAACGACCCGGUUGCCCUCUUCUUCGACACGCCAGAACGGGAGAGCCACCCCAGGGAGUCACCAGCAGCGGUUCUUGAGCAUGUGGACUCGCCGCUGCCGGAAAUCGGCUGGGAACCGCGCCCUCUUUUCUAUGUAUCGGAAGCGCUGGAUCGCAAGAGCGCAGUGCCGGCGUGGAUCGAUCACUUAAAAACGGGCAGGCGGCGCCCACUGUUUCAUCAGGAAGUGCGUCUUUCGAUGGCUACACUCGAGGUCUUGACCGAAGGGCACAAGGUUCUUUGCAACGAGGUGGAUCCCAUCAAUGAUGCUGUCGCAGAACUAUUCAGAAAAUGCCAGAUGCUUCAGCAUGAACUCAGAAGCCAAAUUGUAGCGGCCAAUUAUGUCAAGAAGAAGGUUGACAUGAUCACCGGCGAAGACUCGGCAGACGAUGAUGAACCGCCCAUCUCGCGAGACGACAUCGUCCAGGACCGUCUUCGUCUAGCCCGGGAGCGGCAGGAGGAGCUGGCGAGUAGAAUGGAGAAGCUGAAGCGGCAACUGGGCAGGGGAACGAGUCGUGAGCUGAGCGACAAGGAGAAAGCAUGGGCAGAGGAAGCACGGGCGCUUAGCGGAAGCAUCCUUGGUUCUGGGGCUGAUCAAACUUCGUCGUCAACUUCCAAGACUAAGCAGCCUUGGAAACGAUUCGAGGAGAUUCAGGCCCUCCGGGACGCCUUAUUUUCACAGGCCGAGCAGUUACAGCGGGCUCGGGAGGGAGCCGACAGCGACGCUCCCGCCUCGCCGUUGCCUGGCUUGAGGAUCCCGGCCGAGGUGCGCCGGCAAAAGAUGGCGCAGGUCAUUGGUCUGCUGGAUCGGGAGUCUGCUCUCGUCGAUGCAGUCAAGGCCCGUAUCGAGAGAUUGAGUAUUGGGUAG